GCAAGUCCUACAAUUCAAUCCUCCAAGCAAAACAGAUGCACCUACUUCUCCUCAAGAAGGGUAUUCUUACUUCAACUGUUACAAUCGGCAACCGCCUCCUACAGUUGUAUUCGCGCUGUGGCAGCAUGGCUGAUGCCUGGAGGCUGUUCGAGGAAAUGCCGCACAGAAAUUGUUUUUCUUGGAACACAAUGAUUGAUGGCUAUAUGAAAUCAGGUAGUGAGGAAAAUUCCCUGGAGUUGUUCCAUUUGAUGCCCCGCAGGAAUGAUUUCUCGUGGAAUGUGGUCAUUUCGGGGUUGGUUAAAAAGGGUGAUCUAAAAGUAGCACUGAACUUGUUCAACAGCAUGCCUAGCAAAAAUAGGGUUGCAUGGAAUUUAAUGAUUCAUGGCUAUGCUCGAAAUGGAUUUCCAGCGGAGGCUGUUCGGCUGUUUAAAGAAAUUAAGUCGUUGGGUGAUAAAUUUGUCUUGGCCACUGUUAUUGGAGCUUGCACUGAUUUGGGAGCUAUUGAAUACGGGAAGCAGAUCCACGCACGCAUUGUUAUUGACGGAAUGGAACUUGACUCAGUAUUAGGCACUUCUCUGAUUAACAUGUAUGGGAAGGGUGGUGAUUUGGAGACUGCAAAUCACGUUUUGAAUUCAAUGAAGGAACAUGAUGACUUCUCCUUGUCAGCUUUAAUUUCAGGUUAUGCAAAUUGUGCAAGAAUGAGUGAUGCAAGAAGAAUCUUUUACAGGGAAAUUAAUCCAUGUGUUGUGGUGUGGAAUUCAAUUAUUUCUGGACAUGUUUUGAACAAUGAGGAAGUUCAAGCAAUAGCAUUUUUUAAUAAGAUGCGGGAAAAAGGAGUUCAGGGGGACUCCUCUACAAUUGCAACUGUUUUUAGUGCAUGCAGUAGUUUAGGCAGGUCCGAACUUGUCAAACAAAUGCACUGUCAUGCUGGAAAAGUUGGUGUAAUUCAUGAUCUUGUUGUUGCCAGUGCUCUGGUGGAUGCCUGCUCCAAGUGUGGAAGGCCUGAAGAUGCUUGCAAAUUAUUUGCUGAGCUCCAAGCCUACGACACAAUCUUGCUCAAUUCUAUGAUCACUGCGUAUUCCAGUUGUGGAAGAAUUGAAGAUGCAAAGCAGAUAUUCAAGACAAUGCCAAGUAAAAGCUUGAUAUCAUGGAAUUCAAUAAUGGUUGGUCUUUGCCAAAAUGGUUGUCCAAUUGACGCUUUAGAUCUGUUUCGUAAGAUGAAUAAACUGGGCUUGAGGAUGGACAGGUUUAGCUUGGCUAGUAUCAUCAGUGCCUGUGCUAGUAUAUCUUCUCUUGAACUUGGUGAACAACUUUUCACUAGAGCUAUUGUCAUUGGGCUAGGAUCUGAUCAGAUAAUCUCUAGUUCACUUGUUGAUUUCUACUGCAAGUGUGGUUUAGUUGAAUAUGGACAAAAAAUAUUCGAUGAAAUGACAAAAUCAGAUGAAAUCUCUUGGAAUUCAAUGCUGAUGGGGUACGCUACUAAUGGUCGUGGACCCAAAGCACUUGCUUUGUUUGAUGAAAUGAGGAAUAUCGGAGUAAGACUCAGUGAUAUAACAUUCACAGCAAUUCUGUCUGCCUGUGAUCAUUGUGGACUGGUAGAAGAGGGACGCAAGUGGUUCAAAUCAAUGGAAUGGGACUAUCAUAUCAAUCCAGGGAUAGAACAUUACUCUUGCCUGGUUGAUCUUUUUUCCCGCGCUGGUUGCCUUGGGGAAGCAGUGAAUCUUAUAGAUAAUAUGCCUUACAAGGCAGAUGCAAACAUGUGGUCCUCAGUUUUGAGAGGUUGUGUACAACAUGGAGAUAAAACACUUGGGAAGAAGGUGGCAGAGAAGAUUAUUGAGCUUGAUCCUGAGAAUUCAAGUGCUUAUGUACAGUUGUCCAGCAUUUUUGCUACCAGAGGAGAAUGGGAAAGAUCAGCUCUAGUUAGAAUGAUAAUGGAAGAGGAGGAAAUACAGAAAAAUCCUGGUUGUAGUUGGGCUGAUGGUUCAACAACCAUGUCUGUGGUGGCAAAUUGAUCAAGAAACUAGAAGGAAAGAACCUCAGCCUUUAUUUUCAUCAUUCAAUUGGCACUGCAGGUGUCUUGCAAAAAGGUAAGAUUCCUUUUUUAAACUCACUCCAGCAAAAUCACAGUUGUUUUUUUGACUUUAUUUUUUCUAAAUUAAAUAUUUAAGAAUAAU